AUCAGUCUUUCAUAUUGUCUUUUGUGCCGAGUCAGCCAUACUAACCGGGUCAAGGAUAAGAUAUAAGAUAAUGACGUUUCCAAACAGGACCCAACCGUGAUGUGUGACCUUCAAGUAAACGCUGCUUCUUUUCUGAUAUAAAUAAUAGUCCAUCCUUCAUUGACAGUUACGACCGUCUCUCUUCUCCAACGAUCUUCUUAAACGCUUUCUGGUAAGCUCAUUUUCUCUCUCUCUCGUUGACAAUAAUUUUCGACGCGAUCAUCCCAACAAUGGCGCCUGUUCGUGUUCUCUUAGUAUCUGAGGUAGCAAUGAAGCCAGGAGGAGGAUCAGGAUUGAAUCCGGAAGCAGCAGCUUACGCGCCAUUCUCCAAAAGAGACGUCGGUGAUUCUACGCAUCCCAAUGUAGCUGAUGGUUAUGGAGUCGAAGGGAAGGAUAGUUCUCAAACGUGCAUGCCAAAGACGGCAACAUCCUCCGAGAAGCAGGUUACGGAUGAGGACUUAGAGAUGGACAUUGACACUUUGUUUCUUUCAGAAACAUUCUCUGAUUUGUCGUAUGAGUCUAUCAUUGGUGUGUACUUGGCCAACGAUCGCGAUCUGGAUGCUACUAUCGAAAUGCUGAAUGACCUCGAGAUUUUGAGUAAUGAAGCCGAGGAAUACCUCCCGGACACAGUACUGGACAUUGGAGAUGUACCUGAAACCAUCGACCCUUCAACCUCAUCAGCUUCAAAGCGAACGAAUGAGAGUACUGAAGCAAGUACAUCAACAUCCUCCCCUACCCCAAACGCUCCCUCCUCCUGAUUUGAUGAAUCUUUAAAAUGUGAAGUUUUAAAAAAAGAAGCAUUCUUGCAAUGGAUGAUGAUAUGAGGUCGAUGGGUUAUCUUAGGAGAUCUCUUUUUUAUAUUUUCCUGCCCCGAUGCUCUGUUACAUUGGAGAUUGAGAGAGAGCGAGAGUACAAUGUAUAGAUUUUUGAAAAUAUAGAGAAUCAUUAGCCUAUCCUCUCUGUUCUUUGGCCAUUGUUUUUGCUCAGUGCCCCUCUCAAUAUCAUCAAUAUCAAUAUCUUCUCUUCACCACAUGUAUGACUAUGACUUAUG